UACGGGGCGCGGGCGGCGGAAGUGACGUCUAGCCGGUUGCCCGGCCCCGCCCGGAAGUGCGCGACGGACCCGGAGGCCGAGGCCCGCAGCUCCAGCCAUGUAGCCACCGUUACCGGCGCGAGGGGGGCGGUGAGUCGGCGCUGCCAUGGAGCCGCUAGACAACAGGGAUCCUCUUUUUCCUCCACCUAAUGAGACUGCAGACCUUCCACUGCCAAAUUUAACACCAAGGCAUCAAGAACUUAUUCCUACUCCCUGUGGCCCUAUAAAACCUUGGUCAGAAUUAUCCUCUCCUGUCAAGAUCUACUUCUGUGUAACUAUCGUCUCUCUGUUGAGCGUAAUAGGACUAACCACAGAGACCCUCUUUCGACAGACUCAUGAAGAUUUCACCAUUUCUCUUAUACAGUUAAUUGGAAUUGUGUUCUGCGUGUACUAUGUAACCAGAGGGAUCCUGCAGGAGAAUCGCCAAGAGCUCAUUGUCUUCAUUCUCUCCAUCUUGCUGGUGAUGUUUCGAUCCAUUGUCAACUUCACAGUUGUCUCUGCUCAACAAAAACCAAAUGUCCUGGCCCGCUUUAUUCUGAUCCUCUUGGUUGGAUCCUUUGACGUGAUCUGCGCCAUCAUCCUCAUUCAGAGUCAAAGCAUGAUGGCCUUCCGAGUGGGUGGGGCUCUGGAAAGCCUCCAGUCACAGUAUUUUAUGCUAAACCUCUGUUUUUCCAUGUUGACCUUUGAUCUUCAGGCACAGCUCUGCCUUUGUGCUCUGCUGCUAACGAGUCUGCAUGAAAUCACCCUCUUGCAUAGCAUCAUCCUAGCAAUUGGAGUCUUCUGGGCUUGCCUGAAAGUGACAGUUGGCAUCAUCGCAAUUUUGAAAGAGUUAAAACCUCUGGUCUGGAUUUUUCUGAGUCAGAACAUACCAGAAGUGGCUAAUCUCAUCUACCUGCUCUACAUGGUGAUAAGUGACUGGGGCAAGGAAAUUUCCUACGCCCUUGAAGCUGCCGUCAUCAUUGGCUCCUGCAUCUCCGUGGCAAUAAAAUCUGUUCUGUUCUGGGCACUGCUCCAUGUCUAUCGCAGCUUUGGGCAGGGGCUGAGAGAGAGAAUGUUUUCUUCCUAUGGAAGGAUUGACUCCUGAGGGGCAGCAACCCUGUUCGGUUCCUGCAAUGACCACCACUUUGUGACCAAAGGCCAAUAAGAUGAGCAUGUGAGUGGAGGUUUUACUCAUUUACCACCAUAGUGGAGACUAAUUGCACAGAGUGUAAAAGCAGAGCAGCAGACUGCCGUUUUCUGGCUCUCAGAUAGACCACAGAGACUCAGGUUUUCUGACUGAGCAGUAAGGCAUAAGUGUGGAUUGGCCUGCCAUAGUUUCCCAGUGUGGUGUGCAGCACUGUCCCCAGUAGCACCACUGUGCAUAUCCUCCAUUGCACUACUGCAGAUAGUAAAUUAUUUAAAAAAAAAAACAAAAACAAAAACAAAGAUGUUUAUAUAAUUGUUACACAUCCCCUGGCUUCCGAUAUAGCUGUGCAAUUGCUUGUACCGUAACAGCAUGGGUAGGCCUCUUGCUCCUCAACUGUCUUCUUAAAUUGGAAUAUUUAUUUUUUUAAAUCCAACUAAAAAUUAGUUUGCAAAACAAAAACUCAGAUUAACUAAAUCAGACUGUGUGAGUGUAAUAAAUGUGCCCUUUCAUAACUGAGAUUGAUGGUUACAUUAAGCCUUUAAUACUAUAAAAAUUUGAUAUUUUAUUAAUUGGAAGCUUUUGUUACUGGCUUUGUAUUUUUCAAUAAAGCGUAAACACAG